UUCCCUGCCAGCGCCGGCGGGUGCGGGAGCUGGCUGCCGGCCCAAGGGGCUGCUGCCGGGGGAGGCGAAUGCCGGCAGCCCCAGCAGGGAGGAGGUGAGGCAGGCCGCUGGCUCUCACCUCACCUCUGGGCAGCGAUGAGAGCCAUGCCGGGGAUGUAAGCACCCGGCUCGGUUGCCUUAUCCCUGCUGGACGGGCCAUCGCGGACCCUGUGGCUCGUCAGGAAGGUUGUGGGGAGCCCCAGUGGCAAUUGUGCAGUGGGAGGCAACCCGGAACAUCUUGGGCGCUGCAGGGGAAGCGUUGCCUGGAGCAAGUGCUGAUAGAGGACCCAAACACCAGCCCCAUGGCCCCAGAGGGAGGCUUACGGGGUCCCAAACCACCCUCUGUGCUCCAGACUGCGGUGGGGUCUCCAGGAGCACAUCGCAAACAUCAUGGCCGGUGGGCUUGUUGGCAGCAGGUGAAAUGCUACGGCUCGGUGCAGGGCACCAUCUACGACUAUGGGGCCCUGACCAUCGAUGGGGACGAGUAUGUCCCCUUUAGGAAGUACGCGGGGAAGAUGGUGCUCUUCGUCAACGUGGCCACGUACUGAGGCCUCACCCUGCAGUACCUCGAACUGAAUGCACUACAAAAUGAGCUGGGGCCCUAUGGGCUCGUCGUCCUGGGCUUCCCCUCCAAUCAAUUUGGGAAGCAGGAACCCGGCCAGAACUCAGAGAUCCUCCCUGCGCUGAAGUAUGUCCGGCCCGGGGGUGGCUUUGUCCCCAACUUCCAGCUCUUCCAGAAAGGGGACGUGAAUGGGGCCAAGGAGCAGAAGGUCUACACCUUCCUGAAGAACGCCUGUCCCCCGGUGGCAGAAGAGUUUGGGAACCCCAAGAACCUCUUCUGGGAGCCCCUGCGGAACCAUGACAUCAAGUGGAACUUCGAGAAGUUCCUGGUGGGCCCCGAUGGUGUGCCUGUCAUGCGCUGGUACCAUCGCGCCAACAUUGCUGUUGUGAAGAAUGACAUCAUCACCUACAUGCAGCAGCAGCAGCAGCAGGUAGAGGCUUCCCACCUGCCACUGGCACCCCCUCGCUGUCCCCUCCCAGGAUGCUCCCAGCAGCAGGAGCCAAACACCGAGCCAGCACAGUGCUCGCCCCCCAUUGCUCCCGUCUCUGCCACCCCCCAGCUGGGAUGUUGGGCUGGGCAACCCCGUGGCAGAGACCUCAGCGAUGGGAGGGGGACAUUUCCCAAUAACCCUGUGUCCACCUCCACCCCUGGCAGUGACAUCUCCUGGCCCCCAGCUUGCCCCCCAGCUCUGCCAUCCUGCCUUGCCAGACAGCAGGGGGAUGGAGGGGCCAGCCGCCCCCGGAGGAGAAGACCAUGUCUCCAUGAAGGCUUAGCCCGAAAGCCCCUGGCAUGGGGCGGGCCUGGCCUGAUCCUGCCGGGCACGGAGCAGCUCUUCAGUGCAUUCAAGUUGCCCGUAGUCUUGGCCCAGAGACACGCUCCUCUCCUGGCCAGGGAUGGCCAGCCCCUCAUCCCCUGUCACAGAAAUGCCAAAUAAAGGCUCUGCAGAUGCACAGCCCUGUUUCUUGGCCAGGAGUCAGGGGAAAAAGUGGGGGGCACAGAGGCCAACCUGGGGGUACCAGCA